AUGCUCGUCGGCGGAUGGACAAUAGCAUGUUGGAUCCUCGGGGCCGCCCUGGCCUCCGCUAGGGACGAAGGGACGGCGAGUGGAAGCACACCGCCGGUCUGUCCGGUACAGGGGUGGAAGGAGGCGCAGGCGGAGAUUUUUAAGCACCCCGUGUGCAUCGAGACGCGAUGGGUGCGCGUAACCCUUUCUGACUGCGAGUCGCCUACGAUAUCCGAUCAUCCUCAGCCGGUCAACGAGACGGUUGGGGCCGCCCCGACCGGGUCGACGACAGGGGACGAUGCGGCGGCCGCGUCGGGGGACCAGGAACUCGACACCGAGUCCCCGCUCGACAACGUGAAUUUCCUCUCAUUCGAGGACUGGAAGAAGCAGAAUCUAGCCAAGGUGGGACAGUCGGCGGAGGACCUCGGGCAGAAGCGCGCCGCGGGCGCUGCAGGGAAGGAGGAUCGGCAGCGGCCGACGGGGAUCCAUAACGCGCUAGAUUCUCUGGGCGAUGAUGCGGAGAUUGAGCUCGACUUUGCGGGCUUUGGGGCUAACUCGCCCGACGCUGCCAGUCCGGCGUCCUCGUGGAGUGCGGGGGUCGCGGUUGAAGGAAGGAAGGGCGCCGACGCGACGGCCCAGUCGGGUGAGGAGGACGUUGCGGUGCCGCGCCCGGGGCAGGAAGCUCCCGCGGCGGGGAUGGCGCACUCCAAGGACGCCGGGACCACCUGCAAGGAGCGAUUCAACUAUGCGUCGUUCGACUGUGCGGCGACGGUGCUCAAGACGAACCCGGAGUGUACGGGCUCGUCGUCGGUGCUGAUCGAAAACAAAGAUAGCUACAUGCUGAAUGAGUGUCGCGCCACGAACAAGUUUCUGAUUCUGGAGCUGUGCGACGACAUCCUGGUCGACACCGUGGUGCUGGCCAACUACGAGUUUUUCAGCUCCAUCUUCCACACCUUCCGGGUCAGCGUCGCCGACCGAUAUCCGGCCAAGCCCGACCAGUGGAAGGAGCUAGGUAUCUACCAGGCGCGAAACACGCGCGAAGUACAGGCCUUUGCGGUGGAGAACCCGCUCAUCUGGGCGCGGUAUCUCAAGAUCGAGUUCCUGACUCACUACGGGCAUGAGUUCUACUGUCCGCUGAGUCUAAUCCGAGUGCACGGCACGACUAUGCUGGAGGAAUACAAGCACGACGGAGAUGCGGGGAGAGUGGAGGAAGAGAUAGCGCAUGAAACGCUGCAGCCUCACCCAGAGGGAGGUAAUCUCGAUGCACUGGAGACGCCUCCACCGCCGCCGGCGGCAGUGGGAGACACCGAGACGCAGGCCGGUCCAUUGCCGGCGACAUGCCCCCGUCCUCGGACGGAGGCGUCGACCCACCUCCUGCAGGAACCGACCUGCGGAGUGAACGAGGCAUCUACGACCGAGCCGGCGGAAUCGGCCAAGGCGGCUGCCCAGUCGCCGCCCAGUCCGUCUCAUCCGCCGAAUGAAACCGCAGGCCCCUCUGCCGACGCGGUCGCAUCAGUCGACCCGCGAGCUGAUACAGGCAAGGAGGCGACGGAACCGAAAGCGACGGAGCAAAAUGGUGCGCAGACAGCACCCUCUGCGCCCCCUUCCUCGACCCCAACAAUCCCGGUGUCCCCUGCGCAGAAGAACGCCACGACAGACACCGACACGCGGGUCACCCAUCCGCCGCCCAAGGACGAGGCCGGUGGGCACGGCGGUCAGGGUGGGAACGCAGGUCCUGCGGAGGGCCCCCGAUCGACGACGACGCAGCCACCGGCGGCCAACCCGACGACGCAGGAGUCGUUCUUCAAGUCGGUCAACAAGCGGCUCCAGAUGCUGGAAUCGAACUCGACCCUGUCGCUGCUGUACAUCGAAGAACAGUCACGGAUCCUGCGCGACGCGUUCAACAAGGUGGAGAAACGGCAGCUGGGCAAGACGUCGACAUUCCUGGAGAAUCUCAACGGGACGGUGCUGGGGGAGCUGAAGCAGUUCCGCGAGCAGUACGACCAGGUGUGGCACAGCGUAGCGCUAGAGUUUGAGCACCAACGCAUCCAGUACCACCAGGAGGUGUCGGCGAUCAACGGGCAGCUGGGGGUGCUGGCGGACGAGCUAGUGUUCCAGAAGCGCGUGACGGUCAUUCAGAGCCUGCUGGUGCUGCUCUGCUUUGCGCUCGUGCUCUUCUCGCGCGGCAACGUCGGUAGCUACAUGGACUUCCCGCGCAUGCAGAACAUGAUGUCGCGGUCGUACAGCUUCCGGUCGGGGUCUCCGCCCCUGUUCGGGUCGCCGUCGGGGAGCCCCAGCUCGACGCGCCCAACCUCUUCGUACCGGAAUCCCGCCAGCGGCGGUGACGACGAGGAGGACGAUGACGACGACUCGCAGGACGAGGGCGUGCCGACCACGGCGGGGGUGUAUUCGCCGCCGACUCCGACGUCCGAUCCGUCCACGGACGACGAGGCGGGCACGAAGUCGGCCGUGGUGGCGGAUGGGCUGGCCCCGCCGGACGUGACGCCUCCGCACCUGCGAUCGCGCAGCAGUCCGCCAGUGAUGAACGGAGGGCCCCUCACCGACCGUUCCACCAACACCCACCUGGCCAACAACGCCGACCACGAGAAAGCCCAGGAUCUCAAGAACGCGCCCGCGACGAUCAACUCGAUGGACUAUCACCGCCAGGUUCUGCAGGGGAAGUUGGAGGGUGAUGACAAGAAUCAAGCGAGUUAUGUGUCUCCGUCGGAUGAUAUCAUGAGUCCUUGCUCGAAGAAGUUGAGCGAUUUGAAGGGGAAGCGGUUUAAGAAAUCGCCCAGCCCUUCGUCAGCGACCGGGCCAAGAAGACCCUCGACCUGGUAUGUCGAACAAUUCGUCGAGAAAGACUGUAUCCCCGCCGAACCCACAUUCCAGGCCCAGCUCGGCCAGGGCGAGAAGCGAUGGAAGACCAACCCCGUCGUUCUGGAGAACCUCAAGGCCAAGGCCCGCUCCCUCGGCCUGUGGAACAUGUUCCUGCCCAAGAACCAUUUCUCCCAGGGCGCUGGGUUUAGCAACCUCGAGUACGGUCUGAUGGCGGAGUAUCUCGGCAAGAGCAAGUUGGCGUCGGAGGCGACCAACAAUGCCGCCCCCGACACGGGCAACAUGGAGGUGCUGGCCAAGUACGGUAACGAGGCCCAGAAGCGGCAGUGGCUGGCGCCGCUGCUUGAAGGCAAGAUCCGCUCGGCUUUCCUCAUGACGGAGCCCGAAGUCGCCUCCAGCGACGCUACCAACAUCCAGCUCGACAUCCGCCGCGAGGGGAAUGAAUACGUCUUGAAUGGUUCGUCCGUGAUCCUCGUCGAAGCCAACACGCCCGGCGUGACCGUGCACCGCAUGCUCACAGUCUACGGAUACGACGACGCCCCCCACGGCCACGGCCACAUCUCGUUCAAGGACGUGCGGGUACCCGUCGCCAACAUGGUGCUGGGCGAGGGCCGCGGAUUCGAGAUCAUCCAGGGCCGCCUGGGCCCCGGCCGCAUCCACCACGCGAUGCGGACGAUCGGCGCCGCCGAGAAAGCCCUGGAGUGGAUGAUCGCGCGCAUCAACGACGACCGCAAGCAGACCUUCGGCAAGCCGCUGGCCGCCCACGGCGUCAUCCUCGAGUGGAUCGCCCGCUCGCGCAUCGAAAUCGACGCCGCCCGCCUCAUCGUCCUCAACGCCGCGGCCAAGAUCGACGCCGGCGACGCCAAGUCCGCCCUCAAGGAGAUCGCCCAGGCUAAGGUCCUCGUGCCCCAGACGGCCCUCACCGUCAUCGACCGCGCCGUGCAGGCCUACGGCGCUGCCGGUGUCUGCCAGGACACCCCGCUUGCUAACCUGUGGGCUAUGAUCCGUACCCUCCGUAUCGCUGAUGGGCCGGACGAGGUCCACCUGCAGCAGCUGGGCAAGCGUGAGAACCGUGCCCGCAAGGACGCCGUCAUGGAGAAGCUGAACUGGCAGCGUGCUGAGGGUGAGCGCCAGUUGGCUGCGGCGGGGUAUCCUAAGAGUCAUCUGUAG